CUUAUUACUCAAAUGCCCUUCUCUCUGAAGUUGCACUAGAGUUUGACUAGCAGUAGUACACCAAUUAUCUUCUUCUCUGUGGAUGUAUGUGUUUCAGUGGCCAUGCCCAUGUCAUCAUCAUCAUCUAAUUCUUCAUGCAUGGCUUCUCUUCCUCUUCCUCCCAAUCUCCAAACUCUUCCAAUCUAACAAACCCACCCAAACCCUUUCCCCGAAUUUCUUUAAAAAAAAAUGCUUUCAGUUUUCUUACAAAUCUCACUGCCACCAAAUCUCUUCAAUCUGCAAACAGAAAUUCAAGAAGCUAUGGACUUGUUCACUAAAAUGAAGCUCGAUAAUCUUCAAGUCCAGCCUGAAAUUUAUGGAGAGCUUCUUCAGGGCUGCGUCUACGCUCUAGAUCUUUCCACUGGUCAGCAAAUCCACGAUCGGAUCGGAUCAUCAGAAACGAACGUUUUUUCUUGGGCUGCCAUUAUUGGAAUGAAUUGUAGGAUGGGUUUCUGUGAUGAAGCUUUGCUGGGUCUUCUUGAAUUGCUAGAUUCUGGGCAUUUUCCGGAUAAUUUUGUUGUUCCCAAUGCAUUGAAGGCAUGUGGAGCUUUUCAGUGGAUUGGGAUGGGGAAAGGGAUUCAUGGAUAUGCUAUAAAGAUGGGUUAUGGUAAUGGCAUUUGUGUGUUUGUUAGUAGUAGUCUUGGGGAUAUGUAUGGUAAAUGUGGAGCUAUGGAGGAUGCACGGAUGGUUUUCGACGGAAUUCCUGAGAAGAAUGUAGUAACUUGGAAUUCAUUGAUGGUUGGGUAUGUGCUAAAUGGGGAGAAUGAGAAAACGAUUAAGUUGUUUUGUAAUUUAAUGAUGGAAAGCGUUGAACCCACUUAAGUUACUAUAUCUAGCUAUCUUUCUGCUUCAGCUAAUAUAGCUGCUCCAGACGAGGGCAAGCAAGGGCAUGCGAUGGCAAUUGUUGAAGCCUUCAAUUUGGGCAGCUCUAAGGUUAGUCUGAUAGAGGAUGCUGGGUUGGUUUUCAGUAAGAUGGCUGAGAAAUAUGCGGUCAAUUGGAAUUUGAUCAUAUCGGGCUAUGUGAAAGUAAUUGGAAAGAUUGACAAAGCUCUCUGUGACGCUUGCAUCUUUAAUGUCUGCUUCUGCAGAAUAAUUUGAAACUUGGCAAGGAAGGGCUUAUCAACUGUAUGCCUUUUGAGCCAAAUGCACAUAUUUUUAGAUCACAACUAGCUGCCUGUAGAGAACACAACAAAACUGAGUUAACAAAAUGUUUGUCUGUAAAGCUAUUAGAGUUGGACCAGAUAAUUCAGGAAACUGUGUGGCACUUUCAAAUGCAUAUGCAGCUGUUGGACAGUGGGAUAAGCUAAAAAAUGUGAGGCAUUUGAUGAAAACAAAGGGCCUGAUGAAUGUUCCUGGCUGUAGUUGGAUUUAAAUUAGAGAAGAAUCCCAUGUCUUUGUUGCAGGAGAUCAAUCACACUUCAAAAUUGUGGAAAUCAAUUUGACAUUGGCUUUAUUUGGAUCAGAAGUUUUGUGUACGUAAUUUUCCUACAUUGAUUGUAAACAAGCUUCUCCAAAGAAUUCUAGUCACACUAAGUGGCUUGUUUACAUCGAUGGUCAACUUGGAACAGUGCUCUGCCCAUCGGAAAGUUUAUUUAGGUCAGUAUCUUCUGCCAAGUGUUGCUGAUGACAUAAUAUCUAGGACUGGUGUAAUUCAGACAAACAGCACAUGUACCAUGUCAAUGGCCAAACAUGACCAUUAGAAACCAUGCCAUCAAUUGCCUAGAUAGUGGUAGAUGUAAUUAAAGUUGAACAAAGGGGGGGGCAAGUCAUGAAUUAUGACUUGGGACUUAAAAAGAGAUGAUUUAAAAGAUAUGAAGUUGUAAUUCAAAACACUUGCAACUUCACUUAAGGAUUCCAUGUAAAUUCUUGCUAAACAGAAUGUGGAUAUGCCAAUGCAUUCUUUGCUUGUACAGCUUGAAGAACAAUACUAUGAUUUUUAGAACCUAAUGUGUAUCAGAAAGUCGCAUGAAGAACAAAUUGAUAAAUAACUGUAAUUUUAAACUUACUUCCAGUUUAAAUAGAACAUCAACUUAUUGUUUUAGUGCUUAAAACAAAGAAGCAAUUUUGUACAAAUGGGAUCGUUAUAAAUAUGAAGCACCUGUUGUUACUUUUCUUUUU